AUGUGGUUCUUCGUCCGCAGUUCCGUGCUGAUGCUCAUGUUGUCGUGUUCGAUAGUCGUGGAACACAAUGGAACCUCGGAGGCGACCACCAAGAUCAAGCAGACUGUUAGCAGUAUUCGGAAUGAUCUCCGCAACCGGGUCGGAAAUCGGACGCGAUUGCAGUCGAACAAGACUCACGGACUACAACCGGGUGAUCCCUCGUCCGUUCGAUUCCUAGUUUUCGGUGAUUGGGGCGGGAUCCCAUUUUAUCCGUACAGCACGGUGAUCCAACGCCGAACUGCGAAACGGAUGGCCUCUUUCGCUUCGAGGAAGGAAGUACAAUUUAUCCUGGCCCUCGGUGACAAUUUCUAUUUCACCGGGGUACGAGACGUCGACGACCGGAGAUUCCAGAGAACAUUCGAAGAAGUUUAUUCCGAUGGCUCAAUGCGAAUACCGUGGUAUGUCAUAGCCGGGAAUCAUGAUCACGAUGGAAAUGUGUCAGCUCAAAUAGCCUAUUCCAAAGUCUCUAAUAGAUGGAUAUUUCCCGACUAUUACUACAGCCAAACAUUCGAAAUUCCGGGAACCGACAACGAUACUCUGGACGUCUUCAUGCUCGACACGGUCCUCAUCUGUGGGAAAACAGACGGGAGUGAAGACGACCAGCCGAAUCCUCAGACUCGCAGCAAAAACUAUUCCAAACAAUUUCGCUGGCUUAUCGCGGAGCUGGAGAAGUCCAAGGCAAAGUACAUCCUCGUUGCCGGUCAUUACCCGAUUUACUCUGCAUGCUCACACGGGACCACGGACUGUUUAGUAUCCGAAAUGGUUCCAAUCCUCCAGAAAUACAAAGUGAACGCGUACUUAGCUGGCCAUGACCAUGAUUUACAGCACAUAAGACCGGAUCUUGGCGCCGGGAACUGGACUGUGGAGUACUUCGUGUCAGGUGCAACGAAUUUCAUCAAUCCCUCAUUGAUCCACAAGCGAACGCUGCCGAAAGACUCAUUGAGAUUCGCUUGGGCUUCAUUGUUCAGUUAUGGCGGUUUCUCUUACAUGGAGGUUGGAAAACAGAAGAUGACCAUGCAAAUGUACAGCACAGCCGGAAUCCUACUCCACGAACACGACAUGCCGCCUAGAUUCUGA